GCGGGCGCGGGCGGCCGAGCGGGGCCGAGCGGGGCCGAGCGGAGCCGAGCCGGGCCGAGCCGGGCCGAGCCGGGCCGGGCCGGGCCCAGGAGCGCGCGGGCGAUGCGGGCGGCCAGGCCGGGGUCCGCGGGCCCCUGAUCCCCGCGCGCCCCGGGCCCAGCCGAGGCAGCCCCGCCGCGCCGCGCACCGCCCGGGCGCCGGGCCCGCCAUGGCCGGGGUGAGCUACGCGGCGCCCUGGUGGGUGAGCCUCCUGCACCGGCUGCCCCACCUGGACCUGCACUGGGAGCCCACCAGCAGCCGGUUCCGGCCCCAGGACCGCGACUACCAGCAGGCACUGCUCCUGCUGGGCGCCGCCGCGCUGGCCUGCCUGGCGCUGGACCUCCUCGUGCUGCUCGUCUACUCCUUCUGGCUGUGCUGCCGCCGCCCGGCCCGCGAGCCCCCUGACUCCGACUGCUGCGGCACGGCCUGGUGCGUCGUCGUCGCCACGCUCGUCUGCAGCGCCGGCAUCGCCGUGGGUUUCUACGGCAACGGGGAGACCAGCGACGGCAUCCACCGGGCCACCUACUCGCUGCGCCACGCCAACCGCACGGUGGCCGGCGCCCAGGACCGUGUGUGGGACACGGCGGUGGCCCUGAACCGCACGGCGGAGCCGAGCCUGCAGAGCCUGGAGCGGCAGUGGGCCGGGCGGCCAGAGCCCCUGCGGGCCGUGCAGCGGCUCCGGGGCCUGCUGGGGACGCUGCUGAGCUGCACGGCCACCAUCCCCUUCUGGAGGAACCCGGCCGUGUCGCUGGACGGGCUGGCCGAGCACGUGGAUCUCUACGACUGGUACAGGUGGCUGGCCUACCUGGGUGUGCUGCUGCUGGACGUCCUCAUCUGCCUGCUGGUGCUGGUGGGCCUCAUCCGCAGCUCCAAGGGCAUCCUGGUGGGGGUGUGCCUGCUGGGGGUGCUGGCCCUGAUCGUCAGCUGGGGUGCACUGGGCUUGGAGCUGGCCGUGUCGGUGGGCUCCAGCGACUUCUGCGUGGACCCUGACAGCUACGUGAGCAAGAUGGUGGAGGAGUACUCGGUGCUCAGCGCGGACGUCCUGCAGUACUAUCUGGCCUGCACGCCCCACACUGCCAACCCCUUCCAGCAGAAGCUGUCGUGCAGCCACAAGGCGCUGGUGGAGGUGCAGGACGUGGUGGCCGAGCUCCUGCAGGCCGCCCCGCGCGAGUACCCUGCUGCCAAGGACCACCUGCUCCGCGUCCAGGAGGUGCUGAACGGCACGGAGGUGAACCUGCAGCAGCUCACGGCCCUGGUGGACUGCCGCAGCCUGCACCUGGACUAUGUGCAGGCCCUGACCGGCUUCUGCUACGACGGCGUCGAGGGCCUCAUCUACCUGGUUCUCUUCUCCUUCGCCACCGCGCUCAUGUUCAGCUCCCUCGUCUGCAGCAUCCCGCACACCUGGCAGCAGAAGAGAGGCGCCGAUGAGGACGGCGAGGACGAGGCGGCCCCCGGGCCCCGGCAGGCCCACGACAGCCUGUACCGCGUCCACAUGCCCAGCCUGUACAGCUGUGGCAGCAGCUACGGCAGCGAGACGAGCGUCCCGGCCGCAGCACACACCGUCAGCAACGCCCCGGUCACCGAGUACAUGAGCCAGAGCGCAAAUUUCCAGAACCCUCGCUGUGAGAACACCCCCCUCAUCGGGCGUGAGUCCCCGCCGCCUUCACGCUACCUGGCGGCCCUGGACCCUGGCAGCCACAUGGGCUGGCAGCUUAGGCCCCCGGACGGCGCCCGAACGCUGCGGUGGCCGUGCCCCGAGCGACAGUACACCUCCAGCAUGAGAGCCAAAUACCUCGCCACCAGCCAGCCUCGCCCCGACUCCAGUGGCAGCGGGCACUAGAUGCCAUGCCAUGUGCCAAUCGCUCCCUCUCCCGGUGCCAACGCCGCCUGCGCCCCCAC